GGCCUAUGGUUUUUGAUGGGGGGAAGAACUGAAGAAAGAAGAGAUACCUUCUCAUCCUCAUCUCUCUCUCUCUCUCUCUCUCUCCCCAUCUCUCUACUGUUUGUCAUACAUACAGUAUGGCUUUCAUCGAAUCUUGUUGGUUUUAGCAGCAAUUCAGGGUUUUGCAGAAUUAAACUGAUGAAGGGUUGGGUGGCUGGCCUGUGAAUGUGAUUUUAUCAAGAAAGCUUGUGCACUGAAAACUCAAGUCAAGAGGAGAUUUCAAUUUGACCUUUCUGUAAUAGGUUUCCGUCACCUCACCUUUUUGUAAGCCUUUCCAAUUUAGGGUUUUUGUUGCAGAGAAAAAUUGGCUUUCCAAAGAUCUGAAAAGCUCAUCUCAUCAAUUACAGUGGAAGAAAAAAGAUAGCCCUCUUAUCUACAUAUACUUUUACAACUUAUAUAGCAGAAACUAAGAAACCAAGAACAACCAACAUAUAUAUAUAUAUUGAGAAAUGUUACAGGGCACGGGCACGGUGGUUGAGGACAGUAUGUCGAAUUUAACAUCUGCAAUAUCGAACGAAGCAAGCAUAUCUUCAAUCAACAACAGAAAUGAAAUGGGUACUAGUACUAAUAUGUACCCACACCAGCAGCAUCUUCAGUCCUUUGCUUCACCAAAUAAUCCGACACAACCUGCUCCCAAGAAGAAAAGAAAUCUUCCAGGCAAUCCUGAUCCUGAGGCAGAGGUGGUGGCCUUAUCUCCAAGAACUCUUAUGGCGACAAAUAGGUUUGUCUGUGAGAUCUGCAACAAGGGGUUCCAGAGAGACCAGAACUUGCAAUUACACCGAAGAGGGCACAAUCUGCCAUGGAAGCUUAAGCAAAGGAACAACAAAGAAGUUGUAAGAAAGAAAGUAUAUGUGUGCCCUGAGCCGAGCUGUGUGCACCAUGACCCGUCAAGAGCUCUGGGAGACCUGACGGGGAUCAAGAAACACUUCUCCAGAAAACACGGCGAGAAGAAAUGGAAGUGUGAGAAGUGCUCCAAGCGCUAUGCUGUUCAAUCUGACUGGAAAGCUCAUUCCAAGAUUUGUGGUACAAGAGAAUAUAGAUGUGAUUGUGGUACCCUCUUUUCCAGGAGGGACAGUUUCAUCACCCACAGAGCAUUCUGUGAUGCUUUGGCAGAAGAAAGUUCAAGAUCAAUGACACAAAACCCACUUUUAAUGUCUACCCAAACAGUCCCUAAUAACCAAGCUCAUCAAAUCCAUGGCUUCCACCAUCCCUUGGUCCCACUCAAACAAGAAAACCCACAAAAUUUCAACCAGCUCCCUCCAUGGCUAUCUUCUGAACAACCCGGUGCAGGUGGACCAGGCCCUCCAAUCAAUCCAUUAUUCUCUUCAUCACCAAGGCUACAACAUCCAGUUCAAGAAAACCCUAACCCUAAUAGCAUCUCCAUCUCCACCACCACCCUUUCUUCUUCUUCUUCCUCUCUCAUGUCCGCCACCGCGUUGCUGCAGAAAGCAGCUCAAAUGGGAGUAGCAAUGAGCACAAAGAUGCCUUCCCAAUCAUCGGAUGAUCAGUCAAUUUUAAUCAGACCCCAUCAUCACGUGGGUGCGCCGGGGUUCUGUGCUACCUCAUCCACAACUACAGCUGGCUUGCCCUCACGUGAAGAGAUGGGAACAGCAGCGUUUGUGCAUGGCUUGGCAUCAUUCGGCAACAAGAUUGUUAACCUCCCCGGUGGUUGCAUGGACCUUCAGGAUAUGAACAUGGUGGCUUCUUCUUUGCCUUGUUCCACCACCGGCGGCGGGUUUGACGGAUCGACAUUGGGUUUUGAGUAUAGUUUGAAUGGGAUAUUGAACCCCAAGAGCAACAUUCAUAGUUUUCAAGAAAAUGCCCAUUUGAUGAGUACUGUAAGGAAAGACGGCAGCGGCGGCGGUGAUGGUUUGACAAGGGAUUUUUUAGGGCUAAGAGCAUUCCCUCAUCAUAGGGAUUUUCUCAACAUGGCUGGUCUCGAUCAAAUGGGAUCUUCAUCAUAUGAUCAUCAUGACCAGCCUCAAAAUCGAGCACCAUGGCAAACUUGACUACGUACUCCCUGCACCAUCAUGCUUUGCUUAUUUUUAUUUAUUUAUUUUUAAUCUUUUGCUCUAUUUCUUAUCCAAAUUCUGUAGUACUUAAUCAAUUUUCACUUCUCUAAUUAAGAAAGGGCUAAGCUUCCCCAAAUUGUAAUAAUAAUAUACCCAGAAUUGCAAUUUAUGUUUUUCAUUUUCCUUCUUCAA